AUGUCUUCCAUGAUUACAGCCGCACAAUGGGUUCCCAGGGGCUUCGCUGCGCCUUUCCCUCAGAAGUAUACCCUGGAUGAGGCAGAGUUUGAACGGAUAGCGGAGCUUGCCAAGCUUCAACUGGACGACGCCCAAGAGGAUCUCGAGGAAGCUGAAGCUACGCAGAAGGGAACGAAGGCUAACCAUACCAUGGACGACGAAGAGGACUCGGAGAUGAAGAUUGAUGAAGACAAACCGGCCGAGAAGACAGAGAUCAACCUUAAUGAUGAUGACCUAAAAGAAUAUGAUUUGGAAAAUUACGACAACGACGACGACGAAGAUGUGCCUGGAAACGGCGAGGGCAUGGGCAUGUUUGGUAACAUCAAGUCGCUGGCAUACUACGAGUCGAAUAAGGACGACCCCUACAUCACAAUUGAUGCCGACAAGGAACAGGAGGAUGAGGACCGGGAAGAGCUCCAGAUUCUUGCGACUGACAAUCUUAUUGUGGCUGCCAAGGUGGAAGACGAGAUGGCGCACCUUGAGGUUUUCGUUUACGAGGAUGAGGCUGACAACCUUUACGUCCACCACGACAUUAUGCUGCCAGCCAUCCCUCUGUGUGUCGAGUGGAUCGACAUGCCCGUCAACAAGGCCGGUGUAGAGAAGGACACGGCAGGUAACUUCGUCGCCGUUGGCACAAUGGACCCCGAUAUCGAGGUGUGGGAUUUGGACACCAUCGACUGCAUGUACCCCAAUGCGAUCCUCGGCCAGGGAGGCAACGAGGAGGAGAAGAAGUCAAAAAAGAAGAAGAAGAAGUCCAAGAAGUCCAACGACGAAUACCACGUUGACGCUGUCCUGUCCUUGGCUGCAAACCGCAAGCACCGCAAUCUGAUGGCUUCAGCCUCUGCCGACAAGACGGUCAAGCUGUGGGAUCUCAACACGGCAAAGUGCGCCAAGUCGUAUACUUAUCACACCGACAAGGUGUGCUCACUUGCGUGGCACGCGAACGAGCCUACCGUUCUGCUUAGCGGUUCUUACGACCGAACUGUGGUGGCUGCCGAUAUGCGUGCACCGGAUGCUAAGCCUCCCCGAUGGGGCGUCGAGAGCGACGUCGAGAAUGUGCGGUGGGAUCCUCACGACCCGAACUUCUUCUUCGUGUCCACGGAGAACGGUGUCAUCCACUACCACGAUGUCCGCAAUGCACCGUCCGACCCUACGGGCACCAAGGCUGUCUGGACACUUCAGGCUCACGACGAGUCUGUGUCUUCGUUCGACAUCAACCCCGUGGUCCCCGGUUACAUGGUGACCGGCUCGACCGACAAGACGGUCAAGCUGUGGAACAUCCAGCCCACAGGGCCCUCUGUAGUGGUUUCGCGCAACCUCGACGUCGGAAAGGUCUUCUCCACCACGUUCGCGCCAGACCCGGAGGUUGCCUUCCGCCUCGCCGUCGCCGGAAGCAAGGGAACAAUGCACGUGUGGGACACCAGCACCAACGCGUCGGUGCGGAAGGCCUUUGCUCAGCGGGUGCCCGAGCAGCGCGGGAAGGGUGAAGAUCGCCUCGUGGGUGUUAACAACGAUGACAGCUCUGACGAUGACGAUGAAGAGGAUGACAAGCAGGACGAUGAUGAUUCGAUGGAUGAGAACUAG